GAACCGAGCAGCCGCCACCGCGGAGCCAUCGUUUCCCCUACCCAGGCCUCAAGCCCAGCCGGCUCGGCUAUGGCAGGAGCCGCCGCCGCCGCCGCUGCCUCCGCCGCCGCGGCGAAUCUGGCCACCGCGCUCUCCGCUCGUCGCUGAGCAGCCGUUAACCAGCCCGCCUCACGCCGGUGCCGCCGCGGCCCAGGCUCCGCACAAGUUUCCGCCGCUGUAGAAGCAGGAGGCGGAGGCGGGGGAGGACUAACGUGGGGAAUCGAGCGUCCCCAGUCUACCCGGCACCCUCGCCCGCGAUGUGGGGGCGCUUUCUGGUCCCGGAGGCCGGCGGCCGGGACAGCCCGGGCAGAGUCCGCAGCUUCCCCGCGGGCCCAGAUUAUUCUUCUUCAGCAUGGUUACCUGGUAGUGAAUCACUGUGGCAGGCCACAGCUCUUCCAUCCAGCCACCGAAAUAACCACAUCAGGAGACACAGUAUAGCUUCCGACAGUGGUGACACUGGCAUUGGGACUUCCUGUUCCGACAGUGUGGAAGAUCAUUCAACUUCAAGUGGCACAUUAACUUUUAAGCCUAGUCGAUCAUUGGUUACUCUUCCUACUGCCCAUGUCAUGCCGUCUCACUCGAGCGCUUCAGUUUCCAAACACAGGGAAUCGUUGACAUCAGAUGGCUCACCAUGGAGUACAAGCCUCAUGCAGACAUUGGGAAACCACAGUAGGGGGGAACCAGACUCUUCACUAGACAUGAAGGACUUCCGGCCCCUCCGGAAAUGGUCAUCUUUAUCCAAACUCACAGGCCCGGAUAACUGCAGUCAGGGUGGCGUUACACACACUGAAGAGUCAAGGAGUGGUUUGGAAAAGACAGAGAGAGGCAAAGCUUUAACAUCACAACUAAGGACAGUUGGGCCUAGCUGCUUACAUGAUAGUAUGGAGAUGCUUAAGUUAGAGGACAAGGAAAUAAAUAAAAAACGAUCGUCAACUCUGGACUGCAAAUACAAAUUUGAGAGCUGUAGCAAAGAGGACUUUAGAGCUGCUUCUUCCACCCUUAGGAGACAGGCCUUAGACAUGACAUACAGUGCCUUACCUGAAAGCAAGCCCAAUAUGACAAGCUCGGAGGCUUUUGAAACUCCGAAAUAUUUAAUGCUUGGUCAACAGGCAGUAGGUGGAGUUCCUAUUCAGCCUUCUGUGAGGACGCAGAUGUGGCUUACAGAGCAGUUGCGGACAAACCCUUUGGAAGGUAGAACUACAGAGGACUCUUACAGUUUAGCUCCUUGGCAACAGCAGCAAAUUGAAGAGUUUCCAGAAGAGAGUGAAACACCAGUGCAGGUUUUGACUGGAUCAUCUCGUCAGAGUUACUCACCUUCUGGCUAUCAGGAUUUCACAAAGUGGGAAUCAGUGCUGAAAAUAAAAGAAGGACUGCUAAGGCAGAAAGAAAUUGUAAUUGAUCGGCAGAAGCAACAAAUUACCCACUUACACGAGCGAAUAAGGGAUAAUGAAUUACGGGCACAACAUGCCAUUUUAGGACACUAUGUAAAUUGUGGGGAUUCUUAUAUGUCUAAUUUGCAGCCACAAUAUGAAAACACGUCGCUCCAGAGUCCAUUUUCAGAUCAGUCAGUGCCCAGUUCCCAGCAAGAGGAACUUGAGCAAAAGCUUGUAUCUACUGAGAAAGAGGUUUUACAGCUUAAUCAGUUUCUCAAACAAAGAAUAAGCCAAUUUAGUGAAGAGAAGAAGAAACUAGAGGAAAAGCUUAAAACCAGAGAUAGAUAUAUCAGUAGCCUGAAAAAGAAAUGCCAGAAGGAAUCUGAACAAAACAAAGAAAAGCAGAGAAGAAUCGAGACCUUGGAAAAGUAUCUGGCUGACCUUCCAACUCUAGACGAUGUACAAAGUCAGAGUUUACAGCUGCAGGUUCUAGAAGAAAAAAACAAGAAUUUACAAGAGACUUUGAUAGACAUGGAAAAAAAGCUUGAAGAGAUAAAAACACAGUGCCAAGAGAAAGAGGCACAGUUAAUAUGCCAGAAAAAGAAAGAAAAGGAGUUGGUAACUACAGUUCAGAGUUUGCAGCAAAAGGUAGAAAGAUGCCUUGAAGAUGGAAUUCGCCUUCCUAUGUUAGAUGCAAAACAGCUUCAGAAUGAAAAUGAUAGCCUGAGAGAACAAAAUGAGAAUGCCGGCAAGAUAAUAGAUAGCCAACACGAUGAGAUUGACAGAAUGGCUUUAGAAAUUCAGUCUCUGCAAGGGAAACUUUCUGAAGAAAAACUAACCACACAAAAGAUGAUGGAAGAGUUGGAGAAGAAAGAAAGAAACCUACACAGGUUAACAAAAACAUUGCUUGAUAACCAAAGACAGACGGAAGAGACGUGCUGUCUCUUGGAUCAGGGCCAGGAAGCAGACCAAUCCAGGCAGCAGGCGGUUCUUUCCAAACGACCACUAUUUGAUUUGAAUGUGAUUGAUCAGCUGUUCAAGGAAAUGUCCUAUUGUUUGCUUGACUUGAAGGCAUUGUGUAGUAUUCUUAAUCAGCGUGCUCAGGGCAAGGAGCCUAAUCUUUCAUUAUUACUGGGAAUCAGAUCACUGAACUGUUCAGCUGAAGAGGCUGAGAACGACCAAGGCCCAGAUACGCUCACUAAAAAGCUGUCAGAUGUGUGCCAGCUACGGAGGGACAUCGAUGAGUUAAGGACUACAAUCUCAGAUCGCUACGCUCAGGACAUGGGAGACAACUGCAUCACCCAGUGAUCGAGUGUUGGUCCGACGGCAAUAAUGACCCGUUGUUGAAUGCUGCUGUGUUACAGUCUUCGUGUUCCUUUUCAGGAGCCAUGUCGGUCUACGGCCCCUGAAUGCACCCGGUCUCGUCUGAUCUCUGCAGGAGCCAUGUCGGAAUGUUGCAAGUGACACAUGCCUUGCACAUAGGAUUCGUGUGUGUGUGUGUGUGUGUGUGUGUAUUUGUUUUGUUGGGGGGGUGGAGUGGAAUGGGGAUGUAAGGCGGUCUGAAAGGGGCUUAUCUAAUCAGGACAAAAAUCAGAUUUCCAUUUGAAAAUGUGAUAAAGUAUGUAAGAAAAAAAUUCUGUAUUCUCAAACUACUGAUUGUAGGACCAAGCUGUGAAGAGUGCCCUUCAGAUAAAAGGGGUAGGAUUUCUUUUUAUCUUUUGUUUUUGUGUGUGUGUGUGCGUGUGUGUUUAUUCACAAAAGUAUAAUGAUUUGUAGGGUCAAAGCAAAGCUUCUGAGAAAGGCACACACUAUUUAUUCUUGUAUUUCUUUUUUUUCAUGUAGAAGCCUGUGUUAUAUUUUAGGGUUUUCCAAAGUGGGCUGAACAAGAGUUCCAACAGCAGGCAAGCGUUCUAAUAGCACAGGAGGCAAAACCAUGUGUUCUGAACACACAGUGUGCUGAGAUGAUGAGGGUGGGGCUGGGCUGAUUUUCGUACUGUAGGUAGGUCGGCCAUUCUUCAGUGCUCGACUGUGGAUUGCCUUAGAAGUGUGACAUUUUGAUGUGAUGAUCUGUUUCCCUAACAGUAAUUUAUCACAAGGCAAUUUAACAUAAUUUGAACUUAAUUUUAACAUGUCCCUUACUAUUUACAGUUUUUUACUUAUAUGUUUUAUACUAAUAUGAGCAAAGCCAUAUAUAAUUAAUGCAAACCUUUAAAGGGCCCUUUUCAUUAUUGUAAAAGAAAGAUUAACAAAUGACUCUAGAACAAUGGCUUAUUUAUCCAAAUCUCAAUUGUUUACAUUUUAGCAGUUUAUGUAUCUGUUUUAAAGUUGAAAUUAAGAAAAAGCCAACCUGUCUUCUUUAUAUUAGAAUUAUCAAUAGCAUAAAGCAAAAUCUAAAUCAGGUGAUAUUUCAAUUCCUUUUAUUGCAUGAAUUACAUUACAGACAGGUUUUUUCAUAGAAUGCAAACUUGGUCAGGUUCUGCUGGAGUGCAUGGUAUUACUAUGAAAUGCAGCUGCUACUUAAGUAGACGUGCAAUCAUUUAAACUUCUGAAUGAGUAUCUCUCUGUUUUAGUUGGUGUUGUGGAAGGACUAUAUAUUCUAUUGCCUUCAGAGCAUUCGUUACAUUCUUUUGAAUUUAUUUUGCUAUGGCAAUCAUUGUCCCUCACAAGUUGGUUUGUAUUCUCAAUGCAGCCAACUCUCAUUUAAGUUAAGAUUAAGUAAGAGGUAGAAGGAAUAAGGGGUGUGAAUCAAGCAGGAUAAUAUUGUCUUGGGUAUGAGCAGAUCACAUGUCUGUUUUCUGGCCAGGCUUAUGUACGGGUAUAAAGGCUGCUCCUAGAAAAGAUUCUUCUUAGAUAUUUUCAGCAGUGAAAACAUAGUAUAAGGCCAGGAAGAUAUUCAGUUGUUAAUUUGGCUCACAUACAGCUCUUUCUGAGUCACAUUAUAGUUGUAUUGCAGCAAUAAGUUACAGUACGUUGUGAGGACAUCAAGCUUGCCUUCUGUCCAGUGCCCAAGUCCUCCCUGCUCUUUUUAAUUUCUUAGGGUCUGGGCACUAAGAACUCUGUGCACUGUAGCGAUUCUGCAGCCCAAGGCCCCUGACACUUAGUCACUGGUAAGAACUUGGCUUUCUAUUGUGUUCAUUUGCUUUUUAAUAUUGAUGAGUUGAAGACAUUCAGGGAGCAGUAAAUUUAUACCCAAAAUCUGAUGCAAAGAAUUUUGCCUUUUAAAAAUUAAUAUCUAUAAAAAUGACCCAUUACAGUAAAAUAGAUAGUACCAUCUAAAAGAGGUAAGUUACAAAUGCAGCAUGCAUUUUAUAUUCUCUUUGCAUAGAAUUUCCUCCCCCUGCCCCCAAUCUCCAUAAUUUUGGAAAUAUAGGCACCCUAAAAUAUAGUACUAAUGGACAAAUAAUCACUGAUUUAUUUGGAUCAUUAGAUUUUUACUUAAAUAUCUCUUAGGUUUUAUAUGUUUGAGGAUUUUAUGCUUAUUACUAUUGUUUUAAACAAACUUUUGGUCAUAUGAUUUAAUCUAUUAUAGGUAUAUUAGUUGGGAUAAAGUAUUUUAUUUUUAAAAAUAAGUUUUCUAUAACUUCUACAGAAUUUGACUUAAUUCAUAUAUCUUAAGGUAAAAAAAAAUUAGCUUAGCGGAAAAUUAACAAGCUACUGCUGAUGUAUUUCAUUUUCCAAAAUGUAUACACACCCCAAAAAAGGAAAUUAAGAUGUGAUAGUUUAAGUAUGACUUUGAAUUACAACAUGUAAUCUCUUGGAUUCUGGAGUUUAUGAAAAGUCAUGGAUAAUAGAUCUUAGAGAGUAUUUGCAAGGGAAGUCAAACUAGUAGUUUUCUGAUUCAUCAAUAUUUAAUUUUGAUUUUCAUUUUUUGUAAAAUUUCUCCUUCCAAGACAACCUGUUGUGUUGGUUGGAGCUAUGUUCUUGGAAGCUAUUGCAGUGACAUUGGUCUGGAUACAAAAAUAACCUAAUUGUAAAGUAAAUGUAUUGGAAAAUUUCCUUAGAAAUGACAACUUUUAAGUUAUACUUUUGUGAAUUUAAAUGCUUGUCUUCUAGGGAAGUGGCUCAUACAUCAACAUUUAUUAUUUGUCUUCUGGGUUUUCAAGUUGAGCUUAUUCUGCCUCAGUCCCAUUAAAUAGCAGGGGUAAAGUAACAGUUGGCUCAGGAAAAGACCCGCUUUGCCUGUGCAGAUCAAAGGCACAAUGGUUGUCUUUUCACUUGACGUCAGAAAAAAAGGAUGACUUUAGUUCAUUGUUAGUAAAUUUUCAGUGGUCUCUCAUGUUAAAAAGCCUAAGUGUAUUGACUAGGAAUUCAUGCCUGAAUUUUUCUUUUAAUAAGUGUGGCCCUGUAUUAUAUUUGAAAUAGGAUUCAAUAUUUAAUGUUAACAAUAUUAUAUUUUGGUGAAAUUUGUUUUGGUUAUAACAGUUUAUGAAACUGAAUUAGAUUUCUUUUAGUAGUUUGUUAGAGACAAUCUCAAGGGCUGGAAGUGUUGCUAAAAUGGAUAUUUUACAUUUGUGACUUAUUAAUGAAUUUAGAAAUUAAUGUCAUAGUUCAAGACUUAUUAAUAGGAAUCUCUUAAAGGAUAUUUUUAAAGGAACUAUUUUAUCGGGAAGACAUGUUUUCAUAUCGGUAGUAGUUCAUCGAUUAGCAGCAUAGCAGCUGAGAACGUGGACUGUUUUUACGUAGCAUCGUUCAGCUCAGCCAUACCUUUAGUUUGGAUUGUUUGCAUUCUUUUACAUAGAUUUCUAUCAUUGUAGAUAUGUAAUUACAGUAAUAAGCAAUUCUCAUAACCAUGCUCACUUAGACCAUGUCAUUUGAAAUUGCCAGUAGCUAUAGCUCUCAGAGCCAAAGUUAAUUUAUUUCAUUUCCAUUUUUAACAGUUCUUUUCACUGUUUACAAAAAUCUAUUUCUUAUUUGGUAUAUAGAGUAUAAUUUCCAACUUCACCCUAAAUGCCAUGGUGGGAUAUUGCUGUGUGGUCAUAUUAUACAUUCAAUAAUAUUUAAUCAUGAAAGGGGAAAGAUAUGGGAUUUUUUUUCUUACUUAAAAGAAGAUUUGAGUAUGCUAAGGAUGUAGUCUCACAUCAAUAAGUCAUUAACAACACUCUUGCAGCUGCACAGAGAGAACCUUCCGUGCCUUUGCCUGCAGUAAGCAUUCGUUUCUAUUUUACAUGAGCUGUAAGAAUGUCGAAGAUUAUCGCACCUUCUUCUUCCGUCAGUAGACUGAUUAAGGAUUGUUUUUUUAAAGCAAGGAGCAGGUUUUCAUUACUAGGUAGAUAAUUUAGUAAACAUGAGAGGACUUAUCAGAUAUAUGUGUUUGAAGCUUAGCCUUUUCCCCAUAUGUUAAGCAGGACACUCCUUUGGAAUGUCAUUUUGUGUGUUUGUGUGUGUAUAUAUGUAUAAAUAGUUAUUUAAAUACAUAAACAUAAAAUUUAGCAUCACAUCAGUGUGAUGGCAAGACGUGGUAAGGUGCUUGGUGGUUACCUGAAAAGCACAGCAGAGUGCGUAAUCAGUCAUUGUGGCUGGUGGACUUCGUAAACUAGGUUCAGUUUUUGAACCACCCAGAAUACCUCAUGUGUAAAUACAGUGGUCUCGACUUAACUGAAAUACAGUCCUUGUAAAAAGAAUGUGAAGCCACAGGUUGGCUUAUGCCUUUUGAUCUGUCAUUCUUGCCUCUUUUUUUGUAAAGGGGUUGGUUUUUCUGUUUUUGUUUUUUAAUAGGGUUUACAGCUAGAAUUUUGAAUGCCAAAGUUAUAUUUAUUAAAUUUUAAAAAAAGUUUUCAAUGUUAAUGGCUAAGUAUUUUUCCACUGGACUAUCGUUUGUUGAUGUUGGAAUUUGUAUUUACAGAGAAAUAAAUUUUUUAAU